UGACCAGAGGGCAAGAUGCCUCUGAGCCCUGGGGAAGGAUGAGGACACACCUGAUGCCCAGGUGUAUGGGGGGAGGGCGGAGACUCACACACCUGGGGAAACUAAACUGACUUUGGAAGGGAUCACCUACCUAUGUCCUGUGAAAAAAGAGGUUUUUCCCAGAGGUCAAGAACUUAGACCAACUGAUUCAACUAAGGCCUCGGGGGGGGGCAGGGCCCGAGGAAGACAAGGUGCAUGGGAUGGAGGAGGGGAAGACCACCUGCUGGAAAGGGGAAGAAACACGAAAGGAGCGUGAACAGCCAAACAGUGGUGAACAUAACUGAAUGGCAGUAGACACCUGAGCUCGGGGAAAGGGGUUAAUCUCCUGAUGGGGAGAAACACCUGUAUGGGGAUGAGCUUCUUGAGAACACAUACUUUCUCUCUCUUGUUCGCUGCUGUAUCUCCAUGGUCUGAGAUAGUGUGUGACACAUAGUAGGCACUCAUUAAAUGUAUGUGGAGUGAUUAAAUGCAUGAAUAAUCAGCGGAGUUCUGGUAGGGUGUGGGGUUCAUGGGGAUGUGACCUCAGGUCAGGCACACUUGAGGCCUGGGUUUGCCUGUGUACAAAUAUGCACCUUGGAGGGGAGAAAUGCAUAGAGUUCAGGGAAGAAUGGUGGCCAAACCCCAGAACUCUGAAGCCCUGGGACAACCUCUUAAAUGGUAGGGGAGACCUUCCUCUUUGGAGUACUGGCCAGUUUCCAGAGCUGUCUGUGUUGGGCUUUGCAGGGCGCUGGGGUGGAGACCUUGACUCCAGUCCCUUCGCUCGCCAUGACGGACGGGAUCCUAGGGAAGGCAGCCACAAUGGAGAUCCCCAUCCAUGGGAACGGUGAAGCUGGGCAGCUUCCUGAGGAUGAUGGGCUGGAGCAGGACCUCCAGCAGGUGAUGGUGUCAGGACCCAACCUCAAUGAAACCAGCAUUGUGUCUGGUGGCUAUGGGGGCUCUGGUGAUGGACUCAUCCCCACAGGGUCUGGCCGCCAUCCACCUCACAAUGCUACUCCUGCUGGCCCUGGAGAUGAGGUGGCUCGGGGCAUCGCUGGAGAGAAGUUCGACAUCGUCAAGAAAUGGGGCAUCAAUACAUAUAAGUGCACAAAGCAGCUGUUAUCAGAGCGAUUUGGCCGAGGCUCCCGGACUGUGGACCUGGAGCUGGAGCUGCAGAUCGAGCUGCUGCGUGAGACGAAGCGCAAGUAUGAGAGUGUCCUGCAGCUGGGCCGGGCACUGACAGCCCACCUCUACAGCCUGCUGCAGACCCAGCAUGCACUGGGGGACGCCUUUGCUGACCUCAGCCAGAAGUCCCCAGAGCUCCAGGAGGAAUUUGGCUACAAUGCAGAGACGCAGAAGCUGCUGUGCAAGAACGGAGAGACAUUGCUAGGGGCUGUGAACUUCUUUGUCUCUAGCAUCAACACAUUGGUAACCAAGACCAUGGAAGACACUCUCAUGACUGUCAAACAGUAUGAGGCUGCCAGGCUGGAAUAUGAUGCCUACCGGACAGACUUAGAGGAGCUGAGCCUAGGCCCCCGGGAUGCAGGGACGCGUGGUCGACUCGAGAGUGCCCAGGCCACUUUCCAGGCCCAUCGGGACAAAUAUGAGAAGCUGCGGGGAGAUGUGGCCAUCAAGCUCAAGUUCCUGGAAGAAAAUAAGAUCAAGGUGAUGCACAAGCAGCUGCUGCUCUUCCACAACGCCGUGUCCGCCUACUUUGCUGGGAACCAGAAACAACUGGAACAGACCCUGCAGCAGUUCAACAUCAAGCUGCGGCCUCCAGGCGCUGAGAAGCCCUCCUGGCUAGAGGAGCAGUGAGCCACUCCAGCCCAACCUGGCUAUCAAGAAGGACAUCGGGAGGGGUAGUCCCAGGGUGGGGGAGAUUUGGACAUGGGACAUCCCUUGCCACCUGCACCCUGGCUUGGGUUCCCUUUCCCUGGCUGGGGCCUGACAGGGGGCCUGCAGGCCCAGCAGCUGCAGCCCUGUCCUUUAUCUUCCUGGCCACUGGGCUUCAUUCCCAGAUCUUUUCCUUUCACUCCACAGCCAAAGGCUAUGACAAAACCACUCCCUGGCCAAUGGCAUCACUCCUCAGGCUUAUCCCCAGUUUCUGGGGUGUGCCCCCUGACCAAUGGCAGAGCCUCAAAAGGCCCUGUCAGCCAAUGGCAGCUCUUCUUGGGCUCCCCUGGGCCAAUGAUGUUGCCUCCAGUACCCUUUGUCCCUCCUCAAUGCGUGCCCAUUGCAGAGAAGGGGACUGGGACCAAAAGGGUGGGGAUAUAGGGAGCCCCAUUUUUGGCCAUGCAUCUGAAUGGGUCUCCCCUCACCUGCCCACCCAGUUUAAUUGUGCUUAGAGCCCUGGAAGAUUGGGACCUAGCACUAGGAAUAAACCUUUCAUAAAAGCAG